AUGUCGUCUUCUUCUAAGUGGCGUGGCAAGGCUACAAUCCCUAUCCAUUUCUCAGCCAUUAUCUUCAAGAAAACUGAUCUUCAGACUCUGAAAAUAUCAAGUAAAUUUACAAGGAGAUAUGGAGGUGGUUUGUCGAAUCCAAUGUUUUUGAAGCCUCCAGAUGACACCAAAUGGGAAGUGAAUUGGACCAGAAAAAAUGAUGAGGAGGUUUGGUUCCAAAAGGGUUGGAACAAAUUCACUGAAAACUACUCCUUAGAUCAUGGCCACUUGAUUGUUUUCACCUAUCAUGGAAAUUCACAACUUGAUGUUCACAUCUUUGACAAAUCUGCCUCUGAAAUACUCUAUCCGGGGUUAAAGUUAAACACUACUCCUACUACUGCUUGUGAUGAUGAAAAGAACAUCAAACUUGAUCUCAUGCACAAUGAUGAUGAUGAUGACUCAAUUGAGAUUUUGAAGCCUUGUAAACACAAACGCAGCAUGCUAGUGUUGGUUCCUCAACCUUGUAAUAAAAGAAUGAAAGAUGAGAAGAAGAAGGUUGCUGAAAGAAGAUCAAGUUGUUCAUCAUUGAAUUGGCCAAAGCAAGAAAGAGCACAGGAAGUAGCUAUGAACUUCGUGUCUCAUAAUCCUUUCUUCACAAUGUUCAUAACCCAUGUCCAUCUAGCACACUACAAAGCGGCUGUGCCAAAUAUUGAAGAGUACAUUAUUGAUGAGGAGGAGAAGAAUGUGGAUCUGAAAAUUGGGGAGAAAUCGUGGGAAGUGAAACUGAGGCGUUGUAGCAAGUCGUCAAAUUAUCGGUACUUUGGUGGUGGCUGGUCCUUGUUUGCACAGGAGAGUGAAUUGCUUCCUGGAGAUGUUUGUGUCUUUGAACUCAUCAACAUGCACCCUUUGCAGUUUAGGGUUCAUGUUUUCAAAAAGCGGCAGACUUAG